AUGACACGGAAGCCACCUAGAAUUCCAGGUCGUUUUACGGUGGCAGUUACUAGAAACAGGCCUGGCUCUACUUCCUACCGUGAUGGCCGGGAUGUCCGGAACAGAAACCACAGCUCCAAACACAUGACUCCUGAAUUCCAGCGUCACCUCCACCAUCCUUCUCUCCUUUUAAAUGCAUGCGAUAAUAGACCAAACACUACUACAGCCUGUUAUCAAUCUCUUUUCGGUAGAAAGGCGUCCAACCAAAUAUUCACCAUGGUGCUACUUUCGUCACAUUCUCCCGCUCUCUCUACUGUCAUUUUACUGCUGUGUCUCCUCCCGAACUCACUGGCAACGACAAGCAUCCGAGUUGAAUUAACCCAUGUCGAUUCCCUGGCCAAUCUGACCACUACUGAACUCCUCAGACGUGCGGUGCAAAGAAGUCAGCAUAGGAUUUCAAGCCUGACAGCCCAAGCAAAACUAGCAGCAAGUUUACCCGCCAACCCAGUCCAUCCCGGCAAUGGUGAAUACCUCGUGGUCCUAUUCAUCGGCACUCCCCCUCAGGAAUUCUUGGCAAUUGUUGACACCGGGAGUGACCUCGUAUGGGCGCAGUGUGAUCCCUGCAUCGAAUGCUACAACCAGCUCAGUGCAAAAUUCAACUCUUCCAUUUCAUCCACCUUCUCCAAGCUCCCAUGCUCCAGUAAGCUUUGCCAAACGCUCCAGUUACAUGGUUGCAACCAAUCCUGUUUGUAUGAAUACUGGUACCUCGACUACUCGUACACCAAAGGCUUCCUUGCUGCUGAAACAUUCUACCUAGGCUACAACCCAGUUCACAACAUUGGAUUCGGGUGCGGCAAGAGUAACGAUGGAGCUGGCUUCUCCCAGGCUGGAGGAAUUCUCGGGCUUGGUCGUGGACCAUUGUCGCUAAUAUCACAGAUGAAUUUGAAGAAAUUCUCUUAUUGCCUCACCUCCUUUGGUAGGCCUGACGGACUCAGCUUGCUCGUGUUUGGUUCUCCACCCAACCUUGAUGGAACUGAGCGACAUACAGCAAUGAUACAGAACCCGUCGAUGCCGAGUUCUUACUAUGUCAACCUGAAGGGAAUAACAGUUGGUGAAACCCUUGUACCAAUAGGUAGUUCCACGUUUGAGCUCAAUGAGGAUGGGACUGGAGGAAUGAUCAUAGAUUCUGGAACCUCCUACACCGCCUUGGAAGAAACCGGCUACGAACUGGUAAAGCAGGCUUUCAGUUCCCAAGUGAAUCUUCCCUCCGUUGAUGGAUCAGAUUUCGGCUUUGAUCUUUGCUUCCAGUUGUCAUCUAACUCAUCUUCCUUCAAAGCUCCAAAACUUGUUUUUCAUUUUGAUGGUGCUGAUCUGGAUUUGCCCCAAGAAAACUACUUCGUAGUGCAGGAUCCAGUCUCUGGUGUGGUGUGUUUAAUGUUGAUGAGUAACACAGGGCUGUCCGUGUUGGGCAACUUCCAGCAGCAGAACAUAUUGGUAGUCUACGAUCUUGAGAGUGAGCAGUUGUUGUUCCGAACGGCUCAAUGCGAUCAGAUGUGA